AAUUCGUAUUAUUUUAGCUUGGACAUGAAUGCAGCACUGUGCACAGCUGUAUACAUUUGUUUAAAGGUUUUUAUUGGGGCGGAGAGCUGGAAAGUUCGCACUGUUUUGAAUGCAGUAGUUGCAUAUGGUGGCCAACAAGCUGCUCUGCAAGGACCUGGCAGAAUAUGCCUUCUUGGGUAACAAGUGCUUCAAGCAGAUCCUGGAUGAAGUCCCUAAGGCAUCUGGUGGUUCUCUCCUCUCUCUGUUGUUUUAUCUCUGGGUACUCUGACAAAGAUAGAGUACGUGAGUUGAUGUCCAAAUAUCCUCUCAUUGAUGGUCAUAAUGACCUUGCUCUCCAGCUGAGGAAACUUCACAACAACCGUCUGAGCAAAAUGGACCUUCAUAAUGUUAGCAAACUGGCCACCGACAUUAACCGUCUCCAAGCAGGCCAAGUACAGACGCAGAUGUUUGCAGUCUAUGUGAUGUGUGGGGCCCAGGAGAAGGAUGCCGUGAGGCUGGCUCUGGAACAAAUAGAUGUGGUCCGGCGCAUGUGCACAGAGUACCAGGAGUUUGAGCUGGUCACAUCUACCCAGGAGUUGAAGAAUUAUGAGUCGAGUCGUAAGAUAGCCUGUCUGAUUAGUCUUGAGGGGGGGCACGCCAUUGACAGCAGCCUGCCAGCCCUGCGGAUGUUUUACCAACUUGGGGUCCGCUCCAUGGCACUCACACACACCUGCAAUACACCCUGGGCUGAAUCCUCUUCAAAACUGUACAAUAUCUAUCAAAGACAGAACGACAGCCUGACAAACUUUGGAAAGGCCGUGGUGGAGGAGAUGAACAGAUUGGGAAUGAUAGUGGAUCUUUCCCACACUUCUUGGGAGACGGCCUGGGCAGCGCUGAAGCAUUCAAAGGCCCCAGUUAUUUUCAGCCAUUCGUCUUCCUUCUCCAUCUGCAACCAUGAACGCAACGUACCUGACUGGCUGCUGCAAGAGCUGAAAAAGAAGCAGGGGCUGAUCAUGGUGAAUCUUCACAGCAAAUUCAUAUCCUGCAGGGAAGAAGCAAACGUCUCUCAUGUGGCUGACCAUUUUGACCACAUUAAGAGGUUGAUUGGAGCUGAGUCGAUAGGAAUUGGAGGGGACUAUGAAGGUGCUGUGAGCUUUCCGAGAGGGUUAGAGGAUGUGUCAAAGUAUCCCGCCCUGAUCCUGGAACUCCUGCGAAGGAACUGGACUGACAAUGAGUUAGCUGAUGUCCUUCGAAGGAAUUUCCUGCGAGUGUUCGAGGGGGUCGAGAUGGUCCGUGAUCAGUUGAAUAGGACCAGGCCCAGUGAGAUCCAGAUCUCCUUAGAGGAGGUGCAGAACCAGUGUCGGCUGGUCCUCAGACCUCCUGACAAGAGAGGCCAAGUGGACCGGAGCGGCACCUCCAGACCCCGACAGGAAACAAAACUUCUGCUAAUCCUCUCCAUAGUUCUGCUGCUCUCCAGCCUUCUUAUGUUUGAGUGAAUAUUUAGAAGGUUCAGCUACACCUUGGUUUUUAAAGUGUAUCUUUUUAUAAUAAUACAUUAUGAAAAAUAAACAUUUAGUGUGUUUCCCCUUGUGGGUGAAAAAUAACCUCUAUAUAAAGUAUAUAUAUAUAUAUAUAUAUAUAUAUAUAUAUAUAUAUAUAUAUCUAUACAUUCAUCUUCAGUCCUCUGAAAGGCACUCAACCUUUCAUUUUGGACUUUAUUACAUAUUUAGGUUGUUGCUGUUGAAUCUUGGCUGACACCAUCUCUAUGAGAUAUGAGAUAUGAGAUAAAGGUGAAUAAUGAAGCUGAUCAAUAAAACUGCACAAUUGCUACAUUGGUAAGUUGUAUGAAAUCUUUAUUUUUAUAUGAACUUUUUUUUGUGCAGCAAUUAAAAAAAGCUGUGGGAACAGUUUAUAAAUGCUAAUUGUAUUUGAUCUUAAAGCAUAAGAUGUUUUGGAGAUGUACGGGGUUCUGUAUUUAAAAGUGAGCUAUACUACCCUGUGGCCAAUCAGAAAGCUGUUAAAGAAAUAUAUGAAUGUGUUUUUCUAUCUUAUACAUCAUGUGGAAGAUAAUCAGUUUAUGUAAGAGCUUGGUCAAAAAAUAAACAAUCAUAGCUUUUCUAAAAUACUGCCUUUCUCAAUAAAAUGAAGAAAGUUUAUUGUGUCCACAUUUGAAUUGCUGAAAACAUAUUUGAAUUGCUGGUGAGGGACAAUGGUUUAAGUGGGAAUAAUCAACUCUAUGGUUUUCUUGGAAAAAGAGAUAUUUAUUGAAGUGAAGGGAAGAGAAAUUCCUAGCAUUUUGUGGUUUGUUUUUUUUACAACUGUAUAAUUGUCAUGCUUGAUCCGUAACAUAUAAAACACUCGCCUUGUACAGAUUAUUUAUCCCACAUAAAAAUAAACAGUUGAUUUCUA